AUGACGAAACAAUUCACUCACACAACAAUGGACAGACGUUCCUCUAUUGUGUACUCUACAAGUGUUGGAAAAGGUGGUCUUUUCACACCUGCUGAUUAUAUUCCAUCGGAGAUUGGAAACUCGGCUCUCGAGGAGGAGAGCGAUGAUGCUGGUGAGGGAACUGCUACAAGAAAAGGAAAAGCACUACAUGGAAGGCCGGAAGAAUACCAGUCGUUACUGGAUGCCAAUAAUUCCAGGACAUUGCAGAGGGAGGCAGAAGUCAACGGAACUGUUACUGAGCAUAGUUCCUCUACGGAGGACGGCACUUUGAGUGCCGCAUCACUUCCAAAAAAAUUGAUUGAUGAAGAAAGAGAUUUACUCAUAGACAACCAUAUACUUCAAGGCCGAGAAACCUUAGACACAACGAGUUCAGCCGCGAAUAACUACGGUAGUACGGAGCCGGAAGUAGUCGUCGACACGUGGGAGGAAGCUCUAGAGAAUGGCAAAAUUAUCACAACAACUUACCGGAGAGAAGGUGAGGUUUUGGCAUGCAAUGCGUUACCUUUAAUUUUUACAUUUAUCUUACAGAACUCUUUGUCUCUAGCAUCCAUUUUUUCUGUCUCGCAUUUAGGUACAAAAGAAUUGGGAGGUGUUACUUUGGGUUCUAUGACUGCUAAUAUUACUGGUUUAGCAGCAAUCCAGGGUCUUUGUACUUGUUUAGAUACACUUUGUUCUCAAGCAUAUGGUGCAAAAAAUUACCAUGUGGUUGGUCUUUUUGUUCAAAGAUGUGCAGUUAUAACAAUGCUUGCAUUUUUGCCCAUAAUGUAUAUCUGGGUUCAAUGGUCUGAAACUAUUUUGUCGUGGCUAGUUCCUGAGCCUGAGCUCUGUAGAUUGGCUGCAAACUAUUUGAAAGUUGCAGCAUUCGGUGUUCCAGGUUUUGUGCUAUUUGAAUGUGGAAAAAGAUUCUUGCAAUGUCAAGGUAUAUUUCAUGCUUCCACAAUCGUCCUUUUUGUAUGUGCCCCACUAAAUGCCCUUAUGAAUUACUUUCUAGUUUGGGACAAAAGAAUUGGUAUUGGAUAUUUAGGAGCACCACUUUCUGUCUCUAUAAACUAUUGGUUUAUGGCAAUUGGAUUGUUCGUAUACACAAUAUUCACCAAACAAGCUGUUAAGCCACUGAAAUGCUGGAAUGGUGUUAUCAAGCCUCAUCAAGUGUUUAGAAACUGGAGAAAAAUGAUAAAUUUGGCAUUACCAGGUAUAUUAAUGGUUGAAACUGAAUUUUUGGGAUUCGAAAUUCUGACAAUUUUUGCAUCACACCUGGGUCCUUCAGCAUUGGGGGCUCAAUCGAUUAUUUCAACAAUUGCUUCUCUAGCCUAUCAAGUUCCGUUUUCUAUUUCGGUCUCCACCAGUACUCGUGUUGCAAAUUUCAUUGGCGCUUCGCUGUAUCAGAGCUGUAUUAAAACAUGUACCCUUUCGUUGCUGUUAUCCUUUGCCUGUUCAUCCAUGAAUAUGCUGAUAAUUUUCUUGUUUAGAAAACAAAUAGCUGGAUUGUUUUCAACGGAGCCUGAAGUAGUUGACCUGGUCACUUCAGCAUUACCAAUUUUGGCAUUUAUGCAAAUUUUUGAUGCAUUCAACGCAUCUACUGCAGGCUGUUUACGUGGUCAAGGCAGACAAAAAAUUGGUGGGUUCAUUAACAUGUUUGCAUUUUAUGCGAUUGGUAUACCAAUGGCAGUUCUGCUAACCUUUAACUUCAACUUAGGUGUUGGCGGUCUAUGGUAUGGAAUAACUUGCGCAUUGAUUGUGAUGAGCGUUUGUCAAGGAUAUGCGGUGUUUCAUUGUGAUUGGAAUGAAAUAAUUGAUGCUGCAAAAUCUCGUAACUCUGAAACAGUAAGAGUGUAA